AUGAAGGGCAUGAAAUGCACUACUAUUCAUUUCAACGUCAAUGGAAAAUAUAUUCACGCAGAUCAUGUGGAUCCUGAGACGACAUUGGCUCAUUAUCUGAGGAACGAGCUGGGUCUGACGGGAACCAAACUCGCAUGUGAAGAAGGUGCAUGUGGUGCUUGCACGGUUACAAUAGGAAAGUGGGAUCGCACUCUGAACAGAGCUAUAUACGUAGCUGUGAAUGCCUGCUUAUACCCCCUAUAUAUGGCACAUCACCGGCUUGUCCUAACAGUGGAAGCAAUAGGAAAUGUGAAAAAAUUACAUCCCGUCCAAGAACGCAUUGCACGAGGACAUGGAACUCAGUGUGGAUUUUGCUCGCCAGGAUUUGUCAUGUCUGCGUACACUCUUUUGCGGAACAAUCCUAGUCCAUCUAUCCGCGAAAUAAAUCAGGCGAUAAAAGGAAAUCUAUGCCGAUGUACUGGCUAUCGUCCAAUAAUUGAAGCUUUGCAAUCGUUCUCGCCCAGUGGUUGUUGUCAGGGAUCUGGUGUGAGUGUUUCUACUCUUGACACCUCGUGUACAGGUAAAUGUCCCUGCAAAGAACAAAGCAAUGGUUUGGAUCGAGAGAAGCUCAUUACCUUUGAUGAUUUCCCGAAACUCGACGAGUCACAAGAAAUAGUAUUUCCAUCAAAAUUUAUUGUGAGUGCUUUCUUAAAGACGCUUAGCGAAAAACUGGUACAGACUGUUUAGAU